AUGGCGGAGCCUCAACCCAUCCAAGCAACCUGCCUGAGCCUUCUGUCCAAGAUUGGAGAGUCGGUCACAGGCUUCGAAUCCUUCGAGCAGACCCCCUCCAGCGCUCCCGCUAAUACAACCCCGAUUGUUCAAGAGCUUGAGUCACUGCAAAAGAUUGUACGAACGCUCGCUCGAGACGCUACUCGACCAGGCCGCUAUCCGCCGGCUGAUCACCAGGACAUCAUUUCGGUGCUCCAAAACUGCGGCACCACUAUUACAGAGCUUGGCCAGCCCAAUGGGGGCUGGCUACAGCCCAAUGGGGAGGACUGGUCAUACACUGGGAAGAGUCGGAUAAGACGUUGCCGUUUGACCCUAGAGAACCAAAAGUCGAUUUUGAGCCGUAGUGUUCGGCCCUGGCGAUCUUCUGGCCAUGGUCGUCAGACGACCACCUUGGUCAACCAGGACGCAACCACAGUCCGACAAGAUGUCUCCGAGAUGAUUGCAACUUUACAAAGAAUACACGGCCAGCAAUUGGACGGAGGCAUCACCAUGCAGCGUUACCUGGAUGAGCUUACAACCUACGCUAAAAGCGCGUACGCAGAGUCGGCUGUAGACUACGACGACCAGUCUCAGAGCGCACGAUCCUGGGACGGCGAGGAAGGAUUAGCAUCUCCUACCUCCACCACACAGUCGUCGAGAACCACGGCCACUACAGACCAAGGACAAGGAACGCCGAGGCCACCUAACACACGCCCCCCUGCGCAAGGAGCGUCAUCCGGAGGCCUAGUAGAUCGAGAGAAAGUGCUGUUAGCACGCACACGCAGGUCGCAACUCUCUGAUGAGGAAAGAGAGCAUCUGGAAAAUUGCCUCUUCAUAAUGGACAGGAAAUCAGCACCCCAAAGACUCCAAGGAAUCCUCGCCAAGGGAACCGAUCCUAACGCAAUCAGUUGUUUAUACAAGUCGCAUUUAAAACAAAAAGAACUUUCGGGCCCAGUGGCUCCACUGGCCGCGGCAAUCAUUUCAGAGAGCAUAGAAUGCUUCAAGAUCCUCCUCGAGUUUGCCGUCUACCUUGAAAAGCCGAUAUACAUCGAAGGAUGGGGGAACGGCCGCCCCUUAGCAGGCCUGAUCUACAGAUCUAAGGCCCACGGCCCUUCAUUCCCUCUGGUUACUAUCAAACUUUUGCUCGAGGCUAGUGUUGACGUCAACGCUCGGCCCAGAAAGGCGUUGAUUCUACUACUGCUCCAACACGGUGCCGACAUUGAGACUGCGAGGACGUGUACGUUCUGGGACCACAGUCGCCGACUCCGUUCAUUGCGCAGUGUCACAGAAGCUGUCACGCCGCAAGAGCUUUGGAACAAGUCAAACCCCGAUCGCAAUGAGGAAAUCAAUGUUCUCUUCAAAUUGUUUGGGCAGAAUGGUUCUUCGCAACGUAUUACUUGAGUUGGGAGUACCUAGCGCCUUCUCUUACAGUACUAGGCG